CUGUGUGAUGUGUGACAUCACAGUGAGAGGACAUGAGGGAGGAAAUGUUGUCAUCAACUGUCCAUCUCAGAAGGGCUAUGAGUCUCACAUAAAGUACCUACUGAAGGGAAAGUAUAAAGGCCGUGUUGAUGUCAUCCGGUCCGAUGGCCAGGCAGAAUGGACCCACAGAGGGAGAAUAUCUCUACAAAACAAGAAGGACAGAAACAUCUUCACCGUGACCAUCCGUAACCUGACACUAGAGGAUGCUGGGACAUAUGGGUGUGGAGUUGACAUAUGGUUUUGGAUAGAUAUUUAUACCACAGUGAAGCUCACAGUAGUGUCCAACCAUAACGCAACAACCAGAAUGCUGUCCAACACCACAGAGUCUGAGAGGCCCACACACAUCCAGUCUGAUCAAAUGUCACCUACAUCAAGCGGCCAUCUAGCUAAUCUCUCUUGGGGUCUUGUUGUUGCCGUGGUGAUAUUUGCUCUGCUGGUAGUGACUUUUAGGCUGAUGAAGAGAAAAACCGUGACAAAAUGGAAUUUUAUUCCAUCUUUAGCGUUACCCACACCUCUUUCUGGAAACAUCACAACAGACUCGUGUGUGUACUCAGAAAUACAGACUACAUCUCCGCAUGCCACUGAUGGACCCAACCAGAGUGACCAACGGAGCAGUCCAGCUUUGACAUCCAUCUACGCCCUGGCAACGCAUCCAGCUCCUGAUCAACACCCUGCCAGUGCUGAAGCAUCCAAUCAGCUCCCACAACCCACCACCUCCAACAUGCAAGCAGCCAAUCAGCUCUCUCAACCCACCAGCUCCAACAUGCACACAACCAAUCAGCUCCCUCAACCCACCAGCUCCAACAGGCAAGCAGCCAAUCAUUUUCCAACCACUGCCAGUGAUGACAUUUACUACCUGGCAACCAAUCCGAUGCCAGCUCUGCAUUCAUGUACGACUUCAGCAACCAAUCAGCACUGUGAGUCUGGCCCUGCCACUGCUGCCACUGACAGUGAUGACAUCUACUCCCUAGCAACCAAUCCAACACCGUCUCCGCAGACAGGUGCAUCUGCAUACUCAGCGACCAAUCAGCAGAUUGAGCUUGACCCUGCCAAUUACUCCAACAAAAUCUCGGCCAAUGAGAAUACAGAUGGUUCUGAAUAUGCAACGGUUGUCUUCAGUGAUUAACCAAUUGGCUUUGAUUCUGCCUCUGUCAGUUUAUCCAAAAGUGCCGCCUCUCCCAAGCUAGAAAUGGGUGGAGAUCUUAGCCAAAAGAUGCACCGAUAUGGAAUUUUAGGGCCAAUAACGAUAACCGAUAUUUAUUGGUUUGUUGUGGCCGAUACCGAUAC